AUGCCCCGGGCAGCGGCCGGCGCCCUUCCCGCCCCUGCGGGGCUUGAACGGGAACCGGGGGCGGCCUCGCUGCGGAGCCCCUGCCCGCUCUCCCCGGCACACCGACAGCGGCUGCCGGGGCUACUGCAGCGGGGCCGCGACCCCUCGAGUCUCCCGGCAGCGGCCCCCGCGGCUGCGCGGGGCACAGGCUGGGCUCCGGGUCCCGGCAGCCAUGCCCUUGUCUCCCUCCCGGGCACGGAGCCGGGGCCCGGCGGGGCGGCGAAGCGCGCCGAGGGACCGGGAGCGGCAGCACCGAGCCCAGCUCCCGCCUGGCCCAGCUCCGCUCAGGGACGCUCCGGCUCGGCACCAGCUCGGCUCCAGCCCCGCGCUCGGCGCUUCGGCCCCGGCUCCGGCCCGGAGGCGUCUGCGCUCCCGGUGCUGGGCGCUGCGGGGAACAGAUGCUGCUGCUGCUGCUGCUGCUGCUUCCGACAGCUCCGGCUGAGGGGAACCCGGGCUGCUGCCCUCUCUGGCUCAGGAAAGCUCCGGCUUGUUCCAGCUCCGGCUGAUGGACGCUCCAGCCCCGCAUGGCUGCAGCUGCAGCUCCAGCCCCGUGUGAUUUCGGCUCCCGAUGCCGCCCGCUCCAGCUCCAGCCCUACAGCUCCUCCCAGCUCUGCCCAAUGGACGCUCGAGCCCUGCGUGAGCUCCUGCUGCUUCCAGCUCCAGGCGCCGGACGCUCGGCUGGUUCCCCUCCCGCUGAGGGGCCCCCAGCUCGGAGUCAGAGCUGCUCCCCACCUCUGGGGGCUGGUGACGAGGUCGUAAAUCAAUCACUGUCAU